GGUGGGGAUACCUGUUGCUAACUCAGCACUACAGAAGGAAGAAAGCAAACAUGGGUGGUCAUUGACCCCAUGUCAAAUGGUGUUUAACAUGCGGAAAUCUCUGGGAGGUAAUUAGGUCUUUGCACCAGAACUCCAGAAGUGGAUCUGAUCUUCGCUGCCCAUUAUACUUGAAGCUAUGGGUGCGGCGUUUUUCCUCUGGGCCCUGGCUCUGCUUUCAUGCAUGACGUUGGCCUCUUCAGAUCCUCAUUAUUUGGUGGUUGUACCAGCUGUUAUUAAUCAUCCUAAUACAGAAAAGCUGUGUAUACUCCUGCACUCCCUCCCAGAGACUGUCCACUUGGAAGUAAAGUUAGAAACAGAGGCUGAGAAUCAUACCUUAGUGCAGAAGGACGUGGAGAAACCAGGAAUCUAUGAGUGCAUCAGCUUCCAGGUCCCUGACUUUGCUCCCAGCGAAAAUAUUUUGAGUGAGAAUGAAGAAAUUGCCCACGUUCACGUCUUCAUUCAAAAGGGUGACAGUGUGAGCUUUGAGGGCCGGAAGAAGGUGCUGAUGAGAUAUGCACAUCCAAAGGUUUUUAUAAAACCAAGCAAGCCCUUUUAUAAACCUGGAGAAACAGCUAAGUUUCGCAUAGUGAGGCUCAAUGGAGAAUUUAAAGCUGUUGGCGAAAGAAUCCCAGAGAUACUGCUGAUAAACUGCAUAAUUUUGAAGUGUUAUUUGAGAUUCCAUCACUGGUCACCACUUCAGAUAAAGAAUUUCAGGUCAAAGUGUGUGGCAAGCAGUUAUGAUACUUUCAUCUUCUGGGUCAGAAUGGAGAAGGUUGAAAAAAUUCAAAUAGACUUCCUGGAACCAAUCUUCAGGACUGGAACUGGAGACAUCUACACAGCUGAGACACCAAAGACAUGCCACAGCCCCCCAAUUCCACUACUCAG